AUCUAUACAAUGAAGAAAGGCUUGCACCCUCAAAUGCAGUGGAUAUCAUAUGUCACACAGAGUGGCAGAUUGAUGCACGUUAUGAUGACCAAGAUACACCACGUUGGUAAAGUCUACCAGUUCAGAGCAAGGCGUCAAUUGGCUGAAAGUGUUGGGCAGAUUGCGAAGUUCAAACGUCGUUAUGAGAAAGAUAUUGUCGAAAAUGAUGAAAGUGUUGAAAAGGCUGAAAAGUGAGGUUCAAUGCAAAGCACAAGGAUCAGCUGUUCACUUGGAUCAUUAUGGAUUCGUUUUGUGAGUUCUAGGAAUUUAAAGUUCCCUUCUAUUCAAUGGAGUCGAUCCCUUUUCGUAGUCUAGUAUCUUACAGAACACCAAGUUAAUUUUAUAAUGGUUUUGGUAUGCUCUUACCAUUAGAUAUAUCGAAUCUGCAUUCCUAUCUUCUGUUCAAUAAAUGUGAUCAUUUUCCACCUUAUUUAUC